GUUUUUACGACCUUACUCCAUCACCCAAGUUUUCUUUCAGACUAGUUUAUAAACAAAUUUCCUUUAAAAACUUUGUCGCUAUACUGUAAAUUCUGCGUUAUAUAAGUUGAGCUCACUGGUGUUAUUUUGAAAAGUAGGAAGAUCCUCCCAGCUGACUGCAACUGGCUUCGGUAUAAUCGCGAGUGUGCACGAGUAAUUUACUUUCCUUCCGGAUUUUGCCUUUACUUGAACAGGAGGAUGUUGGCGCUUUUUGAAGCAUAAAGGUUUUUCGCAAACUUGCUAGCAGCUAAAAUGAGAAGUCGCAGCAAUUCUGGAGUUAAACUUGACAACUACGCGCGGAUAGUUAAUCAGACUAUUCUGCGUCACCAAAACCCAGUGACAGGUCUGUUACCAGCAAGCAAAGAGCAGCCUGAUGCCUGGGUGAGGGACAAUGUCUACAGCAUCCUGUCUGUCUGGGCUCUCAGUUUGGCCUACAGGAAGAAUGCGGACCGUGAUGAAGACAAGGCUAAAGCCUAUGAGCUUGAGCAGAGUGUGGUGAAAUUAAUGAGAGGACUCCUUCAGUGCAUUAUGCGACAGCUGGACAAAGUGGAGAAGUUCAAAUACAGUAAGAGCACUUUGGACAGCCUCCACGCCAAGUACAACACUAAGACCUGUGCCUCUGUAGUGGGUGACAGGGAAUGGGGGCAUCUCCAGCUUGACGCUACCUCGCUCUAUCUGCUCUUCCUGGCUCAGAUGACUGCUUCAGGCCUGCACAUUGUGUACACUCAGGACGAGGUGGAUGUGGUCCAAAAUCUGCUGUUUUACAUUGAAUCUGCAUACAAAGUAGCUGACUAUGGUAUGUGGGAGAGGGGAGACAAAACCAAUCAGGGGAUCCCUGAACUCAAUGCCAGCUCAAUUGGAAUGGCUAAAGCAGCACUUGAAGCCCUAGAUGACCUGAAUCUGUUUGGGGCCAAAGGGGGACCUGACUCUGUGGUUCAUGUCUUAGCAGAUGAUAUCCAGCACUGUCAGUCCAUUCUGAGCUCCAUGUUGCCCAGAGCUUCAACAUCUAAAGAGGUGGAUGCUGGUAUGCUGUCCAUCAUUUCAUAUCCAGCUUUUGCUGUUGAAGACAUGGAGUUAGUCAAUAUCACUAAGGAGGAAAUCAUCUCCAAACUCCAGGGAAGAUAUGGCUGUUGUCGUUUCCUUAGAGAUGGCCACAAAACUCCCAAAGAGGACCCUAAUAGGCUAUACUAUGAAUCUGCUGAGCUGAAGCUUUUUGAAAACAUUGAAUGUGAGUGGCCACUUUUCUGGACCUACCUGAUCUUGGAUGGCAUCUUUAUCAACAGUCCAGAGCAGGUUCAGGAGUAUCGAGAAGCUCUGGAAGGUAUCAUGAUCAAACAGAAAGAUGGGAUACGGCUGCUGCCUGAACUCUACAGUGUUCCUCCAGAUAAGGUGGAUGAAGAGUAUGUUAAUCCACACACGGUGGAGAGGAUCCCAAUGGGGAAGUGCCCUCUGAAGUGGGGCCAGUCCCUUUAUGUUCUGGGCAAUCUUUUGGCAGAGGGUUUUUUGGCCCCUGGAGAAAUAGACCCUUUAAACCGCAGGUUCUCAACCAUCCCUAAACCAGAUGUUGUUGUACAAGUAUCCAUCCUUGCUGAAAAUGAGGAUAUAAAGGCACUCCUGCAGAAGAAUGGGAUUGAUGUGGAGACAGUGGCAGACAUUCACCCCAUCAGAGUGCAGCCUUCUCGAGUUCUCAGCCAUAUUUAUGCUAGACUAGGGCGUAAUGAGAGACUGGGGCUUACCGGCAGACCUUACCGUAGGAUUGGCGUGUUGGGAACCUCCAAGCUGUACAUCGUCCGCAACACCAUCUUCAGCUUCACACCUCAGUUCAUAGAUCAUCAGCAGUUCUAUCUGGCUCUGGACAACAAAAUGAUUGUGGAAAUGUUGCGCACUGAUCUGUCUUACCUGUCCUCUCGUUGGAGGAUGACUGGCCGUCCUACCGUCACCUUUCCCAUUUCCCAGACCAUGCUUAACAGUGAACAUACAGACUUGGACCCAGCUGUGCUGGCUACUCUUAAGAAACUACAAGAUGGCUACUUUGGAGGGGCAAGGAUCCAGACCGGAAAGUUAUCUGAGUUCCUGACCACGUCUUGUUGUGCUCAUCUGAGCUUCCUCGAUAGUGGUAAGGCACGCUCCAAUAGGGGCUGGGAUGAAGAUGAUGUUGAGGACGGCUACUUUAAAGGUGCUGUGCAUGACCUGAGCUUCAAUGAUGAUACAGAUGAUCUAGCACAAUACCUAGACCAGCUGUUGACUGCAUCGGUGCCUCAGCUGGGGCUCAGAGUGGAGGCACAGGCAAAAGGACUGAGUCGCUUCAAGGCUGCAGCAAAUAAGACCCGUGAGAUGGUGUCUCUUGUGAACAAAGCCAAGGAGCUUCAAAUCCACAAUGUCCACAUGUAUCUUCCCAAUAAGCUCUUCCACUCCCCUCAGCCUGCGCUUAAUCUAAAAGAAUUCCCGGGGCCACGUACAAGUCACAGUUCAGAGGUGCUCGUGUUUUCUGAGUGUAACCUGCCUCGGGACACUCAUGGCAGCAUUGACUACAGUGGUCUAGUCCAGGUGCUUAAAGAUACUCAGAGCCUUCAUGACCAGGCUGAUAUCCUCUACAUCCUUUUCAAAGACAAGGGAAUGGACUGGGAUACUCAGCUGCAUGGGAAAGGCACCACUGUCAAAAUUUUGCUGGUGGAGCUUUAUGAGAAGGCAGGAGAUCUGCGUUGCUGGGAUCUCAUCCGAAUGAUUUCAGGCAUGCUCCGCAAGAAAGUGGAGGAACUGGACUGGGCCUGCUCAGAUUUGCUGGCCCAUCAAAAGCACUUGACCGUCGGUUUACCACCAGAGCCCAGAGAAAAAACCAUUACUGCUCCUUUGCCUCCUGACCAAUUGGCCUUACUUAUUGAUCAAGCCAGCGAGAACAACAUCACUAUUGCCAUCCUCACACAGGAGAUCAUAGUUUACCUAGCAAUGAUCAUCAGAACUCAGCCAAGUUUGUUCAGUGAGAUGUUUCGGCUGAGAAUUGGCCUCAUCAUUCAGGUUAUGGCAACUGAGCUGGCACAGUCUCUAAACUGCUCAGGUGAGGAGGCCACUGAGAGUCUGAUGAAACUGAGUCCUUCUGAGUUGAAGAAUCUUCUCCACCACAUUUUGAGUGGCAAAGAAUUUGGUGUCCAGAAAAGUGUUCGUUCAGUCGAGCCCGGCGCCAGUCCUGUCAUCUCCAUCCAUGAGGUCGGCAAUGUCGGUGCUACCAAGAGUGAGCGUGCAGGCAUCAGCAAACUGAAAAGUGACAUGAAGAUUCUGGAAGAACGAAUGUCAUGGUCGUUCCAAAGUAAGACAUUUUCAAGUCAGUCUUUUGACACUGAGCACAUGGAGUCAGGGAGGUACAGGAUGCCUUCAAUUGAUUCACUUGACAGCUCAAUCAGUGUUGGUGUGUCCCGGGACAGUCGGCAGGGCCAGUGGCUGCGCAGAAGGCGGCUUGAUGGUGCACUCAACAGAGUUCCCGUAGGCUUCUAUCAAAAAGUCUGGAAGAUUCUGCAGAAGUGUCAUGGACUUUCAAUAGAAGGCUUUGUGCUCCCAUCUUCUACUACAAGAGAGAUGACCCCAGGCGAGAUUAAGUUUGCAGUGCAUGUGGAAAGGGUGCUGAACCGUGUCCCACAGCCUGAAUAUAGGCAGCUACUGGUCGAAGGGAUCCUGGUACUUACAAUGCUGGCUGAUGUGGACAUUCAAAGCAUAGGCAGCAUCAUCCACAUAGAGAAGAUUGUUCACAUUGCCAAUGACAUGUUCUAUAAGGACCAGAAGGAUCUUGGUGCAGAGGACAGUAUUUUAGAAAAGGAUCACUCUACGGGCAUCUGCCGGCUCCUGUACGAUACUGCACCCAGCGGUCGCUUUGGCACAAUGACUUACCUCACUAAAGCUGUGGCCUCCUACGUCCAGGACUUCCUGCCUAGUGGCGCCUGUACUGUACAGUGAUAUCAUGAAGUUUUUAAAUAGUAUAGUUUUUAUUGUACAGAGAAAGACCACUAUUUUAAAGCAGUUAUUUAGGUGUUUGAGUGUGAAAGCUACCUGAAACCAUUUUAAACGACUGAAUAAACUUGUUGUUGAACAAAUGAUUUGGCAGUUCACAGUUUGCUGUUAUCAUUUAGUAGUCCUAAUAUAAGUUUCCAUAGAUCUUAGUUAGGGUAGCUCCAUAUUUAUUUUUGACAGGAAUGAAAACAAGGCUGUUAGGAAUGGAAAUAUACUGUGUUCAAUGUAUUGCUCUGUUGUUUAACAAGGUAAAAAUAUGAUCUUUAGAACGGUUACACAGUGCAUGUCAAGAUUGUAAGUCUGUCCUUAUACCGGCUUGUUUUGAUUUGUGUAAAAUUCAAUAUGGUGUCUGUCCUGGCUAAGGUCUAUGAAGCAUGAAACUCAGAUUUAUUCUUUUGGUUUUUGUUUGCCAACACAAAUGAAAAGCUAUACUGCAUAAACUAAGAAUGUAGUGUGUGUUUACAAUCUACAGCUAAUGAAGAGGUGACUACUUGUGUAUAGUACUUAACAUUAACUGUGUUUUAGACUUGCAUUAGUGGUCUUUACAACUAUUGUUACCAGCCAGUAGCAGACAUGAACACGUAUUUGAAGAAGCUAUGGAAUAUUAACUUUUAUUUAUUUUGCUUACAGCGUAAUACCAACUGAAUGAAAAUUAAAUUUAAAUAAAGUUAUUUUACUUAUUGAAUUA